CCAACAUUUAUUUGAUACCAGCAGCAUCCAGCCAGGUCAGCAGGACACCACGCCAAUACUCAGCUUAUUUCCCGCAAAGCACCCACUUUUAUUUCAUACCACGUUCUCUCAAUCCCCUGCCACUGCAGAAACCCAUCCCCACUGCGCCUGCCACACUCGCCAACUCACCGUGACCGCGCUCCACCGUCACCAUCAGCCCAUCAACGCAAUUCUGUACCCAAAGUCACAAUACAACCGAUAACUUCCAAGCCAAAUUCUUACGCUUCCUCUUACUUCAUAUACCAUUCGACGCCACCACACUUUACCCAUUACCACAGGCAUAAAGGUCCGGCACCUGAUACGACCGCCGUAUCACACCUCCGCACCAAGAACGUGACGUCUGGUUGCAUUCAUUCUUGGGUAUCCAUUUCGUCACUGCACGCCUCAGUAUAUAGAUCCGUCAAAAUGAACCCACACAAAAUGGCAAGUCCACUUCCUCCGCUUUUCCGUCGGUUUCAUAAUUGGAGCAUUGCGCUGCUAUUGUCCUUUGAGGUCCCACGCAAAGGAAUCUCGUCACUGGCAGGUGGAUGAGGGCUUUUCAAGGGACUGUCCAAAUGGUUCAAAUAGACGAACCCUUUUUCCCAAGAUGUGUCGGUAUGGAAAGGAAGGGGUAAUGAAAUACCAUUAUCCUUUGUUCCUUUCGCUUGCCUGGAUCGCUAGCAGUGAAGCAACCUUGCCAUGGCUGUAGUUGUUUUUAUCACUGUUGGACCAUUUGAUAGCAUUUGCCCAUAUUUGCCGUACGAUAUAAGAUCCUGCCAGUAUACGUAGCUGACAUGGUUGUGUUCCCGGUGAUACAGAAUAAGGUCGAUAUCUCGCAAAUGAACGAGCAAGACCAGAAGGCGUUCAAGUUGUAUGGCAAGGUACCCGGAAAAAACCUUCUCACCAAAAUGCAGAAGGAGCGAAAAUACUUUGACUCUGGUGAUUACAUGAUGUCCAAGGCAGGUGUGCCAACUGCCUCCCCUCCUGGGACUGCACACCCCACCCCCGAAGCUGUCCCUCACGCCUCUCCUCCAUCCGGUCCCGGCGGCUACCUUUCAUCAUCGCCGACUGGCGGAUCCCUUCCUUCCCCAAAUAUCAUGGAACAUGGCAUCGGUGGAGAAAAAUGUGCCCAUAACGUUGGUGUGGGCAUCAGCCCAGCCGCUACUAGCGAGGCUAUUGAGAUGCCUGGACACGGACAUCAUCACGGACACCAACGUCGUGGCAGUGAAAGCAGAAUCUCCCCUCCUAAUACUUGGAGAGAAAGUGUUAACCCCAGCUCUUUCCCAAUUCACCAUCCUGGCAUCUUCGGCGGAUCUCCAGUCAAAGCAAGUAGUCUUGCCAAACGAGUCGAUGAAGAAGGGGAACAGUAGAUAUUUGGUCAAAGGCAGGGGGUGAUGGGCUGUGAAAACGCCAAGUAAUGCGCCAAGUCUGGCAUAUCGGUUGCUCUGUUUCUCCAUGGGUUAGGUCGAGGAUUGUUUUGUUCAGGGAGAUUUCGAACGAUUAUUUACUCGAGCGGUUUGAAUUACGGAGAGGUUGACGGAAUUAGGUUACGAUUUUGUUCUUUAAGUGUACUUCUAGGCAUGCAAACUGCACAGUUCACCUCUGACGAAUCUCGCUCAUCGUAA